AUGGAGUACAUUCGAUUCGUUGGAACGGCUCUCAGGGCGCUGAUCGCCGGCAGCCUGCUCCUCCUGAUGACGGCCAUUUACCGGGAGGACAACAACGCCGGCUCCCACUACAUCCACCCACGACACACCAUGCAGUGACUCCGCCGGAAUCUCUGGACUCGGAUUUACCCUAGACCGCUGCCAUCAAGUCGCCCAACAAUGCGCCGGAAUAACCGGUUGCGUUUAUUGCCGGUGCGACAGCAUAUCAACUGCAAAAUAACAUUAUCAGCAUUCUCUGCGAAAGCGGUAGUUGGAAAAGUGAUUCCCAAAAAACUCAUCCCCUCGUAAAAUAGUAUUACCUUGUAUAUAUUUAAAACCUAUUAAAUUUUACCUACAAACUAUAUAUUCUUUCUGUUGUGUAGUGCUCGAA